UUAUCAAAAGAAACCAAUAUGAGGAUAAGCAACAACCAAAACAAACCAAACGACAGGUCACAAAAAACCUGAAACUUCCUCCCUCAUUUCGUCGCUAAUAACUUAUCAUGUCGACGGACUUUAUAUUUAAGCAGCUAAUAAAACACAGCCAAACACCUGAAUUUCCGUGAAUGGAGGAGAAACACAGGAGGAGGCUCGCCGUCAUCUCCUCCCAUCUCCGCCCUGAUGCCGCCGCUAGUUCUUCUCCGUUAUCGUCUUCCAACUGUGUUUCUGACUCUAACAGUAUAGAUAAUGAGCCAAAUAACUGCGUUUUCUGUAGGAUUAUUCGCGGCGAGUCUCCGUCGUUUAAGCUUUAUGAAGAUGACACGUGUCUCUGCAUUUUGGAUACAAGUCCACUCAGUCAUGGGCACUCUCUUAUUAUUCCAAAAUGUCAUUAUCCUUCCUUGGAAGCAACUCCACCAUCUGUGGUUGCAGCAAUGUGUUCAAAAGUGCCUUUAAUUGGCAAUGCAAUCAUGAAAGCUACAGGCUUUGAUUCUUUCAAUUUAUUGGUUAACAAUGGUGCAGCUGCAGGCCAAGUAAUCUUUCAUACGCACAUCCAUAUAAUUCCUCGUAAGGCUAGCGAUUGCUUGUGGACGUCUGAGAGUAUACAGAGGCGUCCCUUAAGUAUUGACCAUAGAGCUUCUCAACUUGUUAAUCUUGUUCGAGAACAGUUAUCAAAUGUUUCUGAAGAUAGAAAGGGUCAAGAAUCUAGUCUCUCCUGAAAUUUAAUGGAGUUUUAGAUGCUUUUUUCUAGCAGCAUUGUAUGAUACAGUAGUUUGAGCUUUGUACCAUAACACUGUACAUUCCCAUUCAUUUCGGUAGCCGUUUCAUUUGAUUCAGAGUGUGUAAUUAUCCCAUCCUGGGAAAUUCUUGACUGGUGCUGUUUAUUCAUGAAUACAAACCAAUUAGUUGUUAGAAAAUAAAAGAUUAGUGAAAAA